AUGGCCGAUCAGCCACUGAAAGAUUGGACUGGAAAGAAAAAUCUUCAUUCCUCGAGCGACUGGUCGAAUUCUAAUGAGAAUCCCAAAGUGACUAACGGCGAAAGUAUAUGGCUUCGUGAUUCCGAACCUCGCGAAAUUCUCGUCAAUUCUGACUCGAGCAAGGACGAAAAGUUACAUGUCGGUACCGACCCGCGGGAUCAAUUAGAAGUCGUAUCGUUGCACGAACCAAUAUAUGCAAAUGAUUUCGCCGCUUUACGGGGACCUCCGGUUUUAAUCAGAAAUGAUACAACUCGAAAUGCACCGUCAUCGCUGGAGUCUUUGAAGAAAACUGUGCUGGCAUUAAGAAAUAGUUUGAUGUUGGGCUAUACAAGGAAAAAUAUAAUAUCGAGAAGGGGAUCUAACUGGUGGAAGCCAAGAUCGAGCGUCGAAGUAUACGAUUUUGGAGGUGAUUUUGAUCAUUCAAAUGAAGAAACAAUACGAAAGCUAAAGAGAGCAAAAAAUGCAGAAAAUGAAGACGAGGGUGGAUCGAGGAUUUUUCAAGGAACAGAGUUUCAAGGAUCAUAUGGGAAACAAGACUCGAAAGAACCGCACAAUCGCAGCAAACGCAGUAGGAAUUUCGUCGCAGAUUCGAAUUAUACAAAUAAUCGGAGAGACAUUCCUGAAAACAACAGGAAACCUCAAAUGAUUAAAAACGUUUUCGAAAAUGCAACUACACAAAAUACUGAAAAAGUUGUCAUGAAAUUGUAUUCCAGUUAUUUCAACGAUGGAAAAAAUUCGACAAACGUUUCAAACAAAACAAACAUUUCGGAUUCACAGUAUUUGUUAGACGAAGGGUCUCUUUUAAAUAAUUAUCUCAAUAAUUCCACAAUUACCCCGUCAAUAGCUAACAAAACACAUAUCUCUGAACCAAGAUACCCUUCACAUACAGAGGCAUAUUUAAAUGAUUAUUUCAUCGACGACAAAUCAUUAUUUGUCAUUAAAACGGAUCUUCAAACGCAUUCACCACAACGUAUCACCAAAAGUAAAGUUCCAACGAACUCGAAGGAAAUCAGUCAACAAUCCACAAUUGAGACGACAUUAAAAAGUAUAGAACAUAGAGUGGAGAAUCGUGCUGAAUCGCCAGAUUUCGAAAAGAAUUCAUUCACUGUACCGAACGCAUUCACCGAUCCGAUAAAUGAUAUCGAUGAUUCUGGGAAAUUUCUGAAAAAUCGAAGCGGCGAGGAGAAAUUAGUAGUCGCGGAGCAAAAAAUAUCGCGACUCGGUAUGAAUGACGGACAAUCGAAGGGCACGGAAAAGGAGAUUCCCCGGGGAAAUACAUCGCAUGGCUUCGGCAUCGCGACAAAUGAAUUGUGGAGCUGCGUCGAAACAACCAUGGCCAUUAGAGAAAAAGAGAUCGAGGCAGACGGAACGCGAAAGCAAAACCGCGAACCGAUACCCGGUGUGAUCAAGGUCUGUGAGCCUCGAGGGCGUCCGUAUCAAAAGCAGGAGGCAGAGACAACGACGAGAUUGUCUCGGCGAAUGGGAAAAGAUGGAAUGUCCGUGGCGAGGAUGAAGACGCUCGAAGAUGAAGUCGACAAGUCAAGAAAUACAAAUGCAAAGGAGGACCCUUCGACUUCGCCGAUUGAUUCUGUCACCGAUGCGGCAAUGAAGCCGGAAGCCGCAUAUAUAAACACGUCUGAGACUGGUGAGUCGAUAAUACUGAGGAAUCUCACUUCGGUAACUGUAGACAACGAUUUGCUAAAGCAGCAACAGAUGGUUCCGUCUCUAAGUGCGGAGAAUAGGUACGCAAAUAAAUCGAAUGGAAAUUUGGACACCGACAGAAUCGAUAUUCGUAUUCUCGGGUCAAACGGAAAUGAGACUAUGAAUGUAAAGGAAGGUACACGAACUACAAUCAAGGCUCACGAGUAUCACCGAUCCGAUAAUAAUUUACAGAGGAAAUUAUUAUGGACUUGCACGAUUCCAGGCGACGGUGAAACUAAGCGAGCUUCAUCGAGCACGAGAUCUGUUUUUAAUAACGUGAGUGAAAGUGAUAUCGAAAAUGUCACGAAUGAGAAUCGACGGCACAGUGAAGUAAUCGGUUCUGCAAAUUUAAGAAAAUUAUUUACUAAAGUCAACCGCGAAGAUAAAAUUGAAGGAAGUCAAAUAUCGCAAGGUGCUUUAAAUUCUCAGAUAUCCGAUACAAAUCAUUAUGCUCGUUACAAACGGGCUUCUAUAUAUCCUUAUGAAAAUCUCGAAUCCAGUAAUGAAGCAGACUCCGAAAAUAUAGCAGUCGAGAAAGAAGCGGCGAUAAAUCACGGUGAGAAACAGGAAAGCAAUGAAGACUAUCUAAAUAAGAAUGUCGAAGAACUUCAGGGGAGCUAUAAUGACAGAGAAGAAGAUAUAUUCCAAGAUGAUGACAAAGCGAUGGAAAGCAAGAGAGGGGGACAAUCUUCACUCAGGCAACAAAUCGACCCUAUAAGAGCUAAAGUUGACAUGUUGAUUAAGCAAAAGCUUAACAAGAAACAUAAGGACAGAGGCGUUUACAGGAAAAAGAGACAUAGUAUGCUGGUCGAAUAUUAUGAUUAUGACGAUGACGAAGAGCAAGAGAGCGAUGCGCCAAUAAACCAACAGGAGACUCGAAAUAAAGACAAGCUGUCACUUUACGCGAAGAUAAGAAAGCGCGACGGCAAGUCGCCAAGUAAGGCAGGCGGCUUAGGGAAGAAGAAGAACGAAAACGCCGAAGCGGUGAUGAAAGAAGAACUCAGAAGGGCACGUGUGAAGAACAAGGAGCCAAAAGAAGAAAUUGUCAUUGAUCUUGGCAAACGUAAGAAUAAGACGAGCGAUCGAAACGAUAAGAAGUCAUUCGGUUCGUUAGGAUCUAGCUUCGAAAAUGUGUUGAAUGAGGAAAGGCAAUUAUCGACCGAGGAAAAUUCGGAUAAAAUUGACCAGAGCAAGGAUUUUCAGAAUAAUCUUUAUCCUGAAGAAACAGCUGCCGUGAAGUCGAAAUGGUUGGAUGAACCACUUGAGGACAGAAUGGCAUUGUCGAAGAAGAAUUCAGAGCCACUAGAAGACAGCUGUGAGAAGAAAAUUAGCUUAAACGAACCUUCGGAGUACACGGCCAAUGUAGACGUAAAUCCCGAUGUUAUAAAAAAUAUUUUAUUGGACAUUCGGCCUAUCGAGAUUUUGGAACAAACCAGAGAGUUGGGAGCUUCGAAAGACUUCUACGAAGAUUUUGGAGACGACCGAAUGGUCGAGAGAUCUAAUGAUUUAUUUCGUAGACCAGAUGAUCAUUACUAUUAUCAUCAAGAGAACGAUUCAAACAAUAUCGAGUCUCUGUAUGAGGAGUUGAAGAACGUGUACGAUUGGCCCGAUAGUGAAUUAAAGAGUGGAGGAUCCCGACUCAAAGGCGAUCAAAGACUACACUAUGAAUCAGAUGAUACGCUUGAUACAAAUCCCUCUCAAUUACAGCCAUUGAACGAUAGAUUCCUCGGCUCGGUUCAAAACGGCAUUGCACAAAGAAGAUUCCAAUCGAUUAAUGCAUCUUGGAUGAGCGAUUCCGAGCAGAGCUCGACAGAGGAAAAUUCACCAAAUAUGUUUUCCGUCAGACCAACCACCGAAUCGAGAGGGUCCACGGGGCAAUCAAUAAUCGAUAAGGAUUCCGGUUCUCCGCACGAAAAUAGCAAAUAUGUCGAGUCCAAGGCACACGAAGUACUCAAGCGAAAUCUAAAUUUGGAAAAACAGUCGGCAAUUAGUUCGCGAGACUUGCAAGACGAGUCGUUCGUGGAAUCUCUAGAUUGGCAUGAUGAUUUCGAUGAUAAUGUGAGGGUUAGAUUAGGCAGAGGAUUGAAAGCCAUAAACGAAACAGUGACUUCCGACUUCGAUAAAACUUACGAUCACGAUGAUAAAUUGGACGUGGCAAAUGCGACUAAUGUAAAUUCUACGUCUGCUCGAGUUUCUUCGCAAACUAUUUACGACAAUUCGUCGAUGUCACAAAAUCGGCACGGCAACACGGCUAAGGAUUUAUACGAUAUAUUUAACAAUCGUGACGUGUCUGCUCAAAGCGUUAAAAAUGUUCAAGAAUCGAUUUUAAUGAAUACGGUUAAUAUGGAUGGCGACAAGGAUCUCGAAGCUGCCGAGCAAAACCGCGUAAAUAAUCGAACACCGAGAAUCAGAAGGGCUGUUUCGUACCGCGCGUUUUACGACGACCUGAAUCAGAAUCAACGCGAUUCCGACGAAAUGGGCAGAAGUCUGGGCACCCGGUUCGAUUCUCCGAAUAUCCUCAAAAAUCGGCUCGAUGGAGUGUACCGCGGAUAUGAGACCGGAAGCUGGAACAGUGACACGCGAGAUCUUGAUCAGUACUUGAAAAUCCCGCGAAGCAAUACGAGGAGAAAGAGGAAACCCGGAAAGAAGAGUAAGAAGAAUAAGCACUCUUCCGGGAAACACGCGGGGAAAAGUAGUUCACGUUCUUCUUCAAGUAGAAACAGAAGACAUCACGCGCAUCGAUCUGACAUGUCGGAGAACGUUAACCGAAGUGAUUUAAAGCCGAAGCCGAGGAACAAAGCCGAAGCGUCUCCUUUGAUUGGACGUACCAGAAUUCAGAAGAGCAAAACGGCCGAGCGAGGACUGCUUCGCGCAGGGAUGAACGAGGCGUCGGGCGAAAAAGUGCUUUACGAGAACGCGGAGAAUCAGAGUACAGUGAAGCCGGAGGAGGACGGCGAUGCACGGAGAAAGGAAAUUACGCUGCUCCUCGCAGCCGACAACAUUGACGACGAGUCGCAGAUGGACGUGGCUCUUCACGGCGAACUGGCUGGGAAAAUCGUAGAGCAAAUAUUCCAACAGGUCCAAAAAAAUGAUCAAUUGAAGGGCGUCUUUGGUCCUGGGCUUCACCGCGAUCACAAAACGGAAGACGUGAUAACGGGUAACACUUAUCGACAAGGACUCGACCAAGAUGGAACGAAUCACACGGAAACGAUAGUAAAGAGAGUUAUGGGGCUCCUCGGUACGCUAAUUCUAAAUGAAGUGCAAGAGAAAACUUGCAUUUCUUUAUCACCGGGUAUGAGAGAAUUUUUAGGAUGGAUGCUGGAGGUGGAUCGAGAGGAGGAAUCGUUGCAAGAAGCACCGCCGCUGCCAUUGAUCCGUGAGAAAAUUAUUCCGGAGCAAGACACGGGACACAAAUUCCUGUUUGACAGCACUUCCGAGCCAGAGGGAGGAGAAAAUAUUAAUGAUCUACAGAAAAAGGUGAAGGUAUUGGAAACUCUAGUGAAGGAAUAUAACGCCCUGACUGCAAGAGAGAAAACGAGGGUCCAAGCAGUCCACGAUUAUUUGAUGCGGCAGUUAGACCAGCUUUUGCGGUACAUCGAAGCGCGAGAAACUGCGGAAACAAAAAGGAAGCCUACAUCGGGGUUGAUUGGCACGGCCAGAGCUGGAAGCGGAAACAUCUUACAGUAUCAAAGCGCAGUACCUAAUGCCACGAAUGCUGGCCACUCGAUGACAAGAAAAGAUACGUUCUCGUUGCCGAUUGAUACGCAUCAUCUUUUUCAGUUUAACAACGUCUCAUUCGAAACGACAAAUAAACGACUUCACGACAGUCACGCUGCAUCUCGUCACAGAGAAACGCGUAGCCUCGAUAAAAUUCCAUCGAAACGACGACGACAUCGCGAAAUGAAACGCCGCAAGUUCCGCAAUCAGAAGAAGAACGGAAAUCGUAAGAAAUCGAAAUACAGGCACAAUAAAUACCGCAAGCACCUGGAUCGCGCGGGAUCGCUGCCGGGAUAUAGGAAAUCGCGACCGAAACGUGCAAAUCCUGACGAAAACGAUCAGGCUUCGCUUUAUUAUUUAAGCUACGAGAAGCCAAGAAUUUACGAUUCGUUCGAUCUUGUCGAUGCCAAGUUGCGAGGGAGGAGAAAGAAGAGGAAACGGGAAUUAGUCGGUAAGAAAAACGCGGCAAUUGGGAAUGACAGGCUACCCGAUUUGUUAGCAAUAAAAGGGAAGAAUCGCAUGGAGGACGAAGUGAUACUCCUCAACAAGCGCGAAGCUUGGAAAAGGGAGAAUGAGGAACAGCUGGAGGAGGUCGCCUUCGGCAAAGACAUGAGGAAUUGCGCGAGGAGGGAGAGGGAGCGAUUGGAGAAAUUGACGGAAGGAGAUAAACGUAAACCGAUCAAUGAGACGAGCUCCAGAAUGAAGCGGGAGAACAUAAUUCGCGGGACAUCGACUGACAAGGGUACAAAUUACCCCGAUAAAUCUCACACGGCGUUCGAAAUUCAUGACGGCGGAUCGUGGAAUAAUUCGGAGAUAAGUAACAAUAACGGCACGGGGCACGAGAAUAAGCUAGAAUUGGCUGAGCGAAGGAUCAAUGUUUUCGCGGAUAACAAAACCAAUGCGGCAAUUGAUUCCGCGGCUGCGGAAGCCAGCAUGGAAGAAAAGUUAGCGACAAAUGCGGGAGCCAAUAACCAGGUUAAGGGAAAACUUGGCGCUAUAAAUCGCGAGACAAAAAUUGACAAGGCGGACGGGAGUACGAGCUUUGUAAACUUGACGAGCGACGCGAAGCCUCCCCGGGUCUCGGAGGAGCGGCAGAAAGUUUCGGUAACGGAAAAAGAAGCAGAUGAUAACGCUGUAAAAUUAAAUCGAGCGACAAACUAUCGACGCGCGGAAAUAGAUCCUGAAAUCGAGCUGAAAAAUCGGAGACAGGGACGAGAGAAAAGAAUUUAUGACGUCGCAAACUGGAAGAUGACCGACUACUUUUACGAUGAUGAUAAGCUUUCUAGAAAUAAAUUAAGGGAGAAAUAUGUGGCUAAGUUAGACGAACUAGGUAACCUAGAUACGGAUCCCGAGAAUAAUUUGGUGCUUCUGAGAUUAAGAAAUAAUAAAUGGUCGAAUGACGUCGUCGAAUGGAGGCUGCUGCCGAUAAUAAAACGAUCGCCGUAUUAUGACGAUCGCGCCUUAUCAACAAUUCGUUUAAUGGAAAAAGAAACGCCUAUUUUAAGCAGCAUUAAAAACAGUCCAAGAUUUUGGCGACCAAAACACCGUAGAAGAAACGGCGUCUUUAAUAACUCGCCCAUACUGAAAAUAAUCGACAACGUUAACUUUCCGCGCGAAAUUCGUCGAAAAGCGAAGCAAACAUCUGAGAUGGAGAGGUUCGAGGAUUCACGGAUAGAUCCCAGAAUUAUUCUUAAAGUUCGAGAGCCAUCUCGACCAAGGAACAAUAAAAGAUCGAACGGCAAUGCAGAAUUCGGGACGCCCUUCGUAUCGAAAGAUCCUAAUCGCGAAUUCCGCGAGAUGCCUCGAUCCCGCGUACAUCCGGAGCUCGGCGACCGAGUAAUCUACGAUGGAGUUGGUCCGCAAUUGCCGGUGUGGCCGUAUCGACACCCGGUGUUACCAUGCGAUGUAAAUCCGAUGUUUCUUUUAAGUAACAAUGUUAAAGAGGAAAAAUGGGCAUUUCUAUCGUGA